CUUUGCCUUUCCUUCUCCCCUGACAUUCAGAGUGUCUGUCGCCCACCUGGGAGGAGAGCCACGGUCGCCGGUCCUGCCGGUGCUGCUGCUGCUGCUGCUGGAGGAGGAGGAGAAGGAGAAGGGGGAGGAGGAGGGCGGGUAGCGGCGGUGGGAGGAGGCUGGCGGGCCAACGAGCUCGCUUCUUCGCAGCAGCGGCAGGAGCAGGAAGGAUGGAGGCAGAGGAAAAAGGCCGCUUCUAAGCCGUCCGCUCAGUCGCUCGCCGCCGGUCUGGGAAAGGAAGCGAAUGGGAACCAUCCGGGCCGCCCGUUUGCUGCAGCCUUGAAUCCGUCCGGAAUCCUCAUGGAGCAGGAUGUGGAGAGCCCGGCCCUCAGCAAAACCUCCAAGUUCCACAAGGCGGGCGGCAAGGAUCUGCCCAAAGAGCUGGCGGCGAUGGACCGGGCCCGCAAGGUCCAGCGCUACGUGCAGAAAGACGGCAAGUGCAACGUCCACCACGGCAACGUGCGGGAGACCUAUCGCUACCUGACGGACAUCUUCACCACCCUGGUGGACCUCAAGUGGCACUUCAACAUCUUCAUCUUCGUCCUGGUGUACACGGUCACGUGGCUCUUCUUCGGCUUCAUGUGGUGGCUCAUCGCGUACCUGCGCGGGGACCUGGACCACAUCGCCGACAACCUUUGGACUCCCUGCGUCAAUAAUCUCAACGGCUUCGUGUCGGCCUUUCUGUUCUCCAUCGAGACGGAAACCACCAUCGGUUACGGCUACCGGGUCAUUACGGACAAGUGCCCCGAGGGCAUCGUCCUGCUCCUGAUUCAGUCGGUGCUGGGCUCGAUCGUCAACGCCUUCAUGGUGGGCUGCAUGUUCGUCAAGAUCUCGCAACCCAAGAAGCGCGCCGAGACUCUGGUGUUUUCCACCAACGCCGUCGUCUCCAUGAGAGACGGACGCCUGUGCCUGAUGUUCCGGGUGGGGGACCUACGCAACUCGCACAUCGUGGAGGCCUCCAUCCGGGCCAAGCUGAUCAAGUCCAAGCAGACCAAGGAGGGCGAGUUCAUCCCCCUCAACCAGACGGACAUCAACGUGGGCUACGACACGGGCGACGACCGGCUGUUCCUCGUGUCGCCGCUCAUCAUCUGCCACGAGAUCAACCAGAACAGUCCCUUUUGGGAGAUCUCCCCAGCCCACCUGGCCAAGGAGGAGCUGGAAAUUGUUGUCAUUUUGGAGGGCAUGGUCGAGGCCACGGGCAUGACGUGCCAGGCCCGCAGCUCGUACGUGAGCAGCGAGAUCAAGUGGGGCUACCGCUUCACGCCCGUGCUCACGCUGGAGGACGGCUUCUACGAGGUGGACUACAACAGUUUCCACGACAUCUACGAGACCAACACGCCCGCCUGCAGCGCCCGCCAGCUGGCCGACAUGAGCGGCCGCGCCCGCCUGCCUCUCACCUGGUCCAUGGGCAGCAAGCUGAGCCAGCAGGGCCUGGCGCCCGAGGCCGAGCGCCGAGACUCGCGGACUGCUGAGCGCAACGGAGACGUCGCCAACGCCGAGAGCGAGUCCAAAGUGUAGCUCCUGCUCCUGCUCCUGCUCCUGCUCCUGCUCCGCGACACACACACUUGCGGUCGCACCCACCGCCAGAUCCCUCUUAUUUUUUCUAUUCCAAUCUUCCCGUUAGGGACGUUUGCAUAUCAAGUAUUUUUGUACAUAAUCUGACAUGUUUUGGGCUCCUCCUGGUUUCUUGGGUUUGCCGUGUGAAUAUUCGAGGGGGAUGUUUGACGCUAACGCGCCGGUUUAGCUUAGCCCUGUACAUAAUCUAUGCCUUACUUCGGCCUUGUCCGACGCGAGCAAACUUCUGUCUCCGAACAUUCAAAAACGGUGUGAUUGCGCCAUUGGAAAAAAAUAGAUCA